AUGGGCUACGACGAAAACGACGAGACCAUCCAAUCUUUCUUCAAGCAGCGGCCCACGACCUCAAAGCACGAGUGCGAUGACAUAGCCGGCGGCAUCGUCGGCAGGGGUGCUGUCAUCGAGAGCGUAGACACGCAGGGAUCCAUGAGCUACACCGUAACGUGCACGACCAAGACGAUCAUCUCCUUCCGACGCGUCGGGAAUCUCAUCGACAGCAAUGUCGUGGGGAUCUCCAAGGACCUCCAUCGAGGACUGGUCCCGUCUGCAUCGUAUUGCGGCAAGGUAGGCCAGGGUGAUGAGACCCUGACCGCCUACAAAAUGACUUAUCUCCCUGGCAGGCCGUGCCUGGAGAUCUACCCUCGGGUUGCCGAGUUGGAUUCGGAAGAUGAGGUCAAAUGCGCUACCAUGUACAAGCACCUCGCCAGGUACUUCGCACGAACCUGGCUAGCCCCUAUGUCGAAGAAUUUUGGACGGGAGGCCGCCACGCUCAUGGAGAAGGAAGACUUGAAGGACGACGAGGCCUGGUUCCGUCGCAGGCUGUCCGUUAUGGGAGCCGCUCAGGAGAGGUUCCCCUACAUCCAGAGCUUCAUCGACGAGAGCGAAGAAGACGUCAUCCCUGUUCUCUUCGGACGGGACUGGCCAAAAGUGCUCACGCACGGAGACUUCUCCAAGCGAAACAUCCUCCUAGACCCCCAAACAUUCGCCGUCACGGGCAUCGUCGACUGGUCGCUCGCGUCGAUCCGCCCGUUCGGCUUGGACCUCGAGCUGCUGCUGGACCUGCGGGGUUUCUCCAACGACGACGACGAUGGCGCUGCCGAGUACACCACCACGGAGUACACCUGCCACGAGAAGCUGGAGGAUGUCUUCUGGGAGGAGUUCUGGGCCCUCGCGGGGGUGGAGGGCGUGAAGAGGAGGUCCCACGUCAAGCGGGUGGCCAUGUUGGCGGCGAAGCUGGACGCGUUGAUGAAGUACGGGUUUCAGCUGGAAAAGGACGGAGGCGAGACGGAUCGGUUGACUGUGUUUAAUGAUGAUAUACUCAAAGACCUCUUUGACGAGAAGCCGGGUAAGCGGGAAGAUAGCGAAGCGGACCUCAGGGGCGAGGGCGAAUAA